AUGACUAACGAAAGUCUACUCGGCAUCCCUGAAAUCAUACGAAAAUUCAAUGACUCUAGAUCAUUUAGUACACUAACGGAUAUUUAUUCAUCAUCCGUUAUUAGCCAAAAAGCCAAAAAUUCUGAUAUAUCACCAGUAGCAUGUAUUGGUUUUGCUAUGCUUAUAUUAACUACAGUAAUUGGUAAUACACUUGUACUAGCAGCACUUUUUCUCGAUAGAAGACUUCAUACACCGUCGUUUUUUCUUAUUGCUAAUAUGGCUAUUGCUGAUUUAUUACUUGGUGUAUCUGUCCUUCCGUUUUCAUCUGUACUCGAACUUCUCAAUAAUCGUUGGAUUUUCGGACAAAAUUUUUGUUCAGCAUGGCUUGCACUUGAUGUACUCUGUUGUACAGCAUCAAUUAUAGGGUUAGCUGGUGUAUCUAUUGAUCGAUAUAUUGGUGUAACACGACCAUUAAAAUAUAAUAGAAUAAUGACAAUACGACGUACGGUUUAUUUAAUAAUUAUUAUUUGGGCUGCAUCAAUUUUAACAUCAGUUGUACCAUUAUUUGGUUUAACUGAUCGAGGAACUCUAUUAAAAAAAAAUAAUUCUUCAAAUGAAGUUUCAGAAACAUGUGAAGUUAAUAAAAAUACAUUUUAUACAAUAUUUUCUUCUGCGAUAUCAUUUUAUAUACCAGUUAUUAUACUUCUUAUACUUUAUUCCCGCAUAUAUCAAGAAGCGAAAAAACAAGGAAAAAAAUUAGAGAUGGAUAGACGACGUCUCUACGAAAUUGACUAUCAAAUGGCAUCCGAAAAUCUUCGACAACAACAAAGUCAAUCUAAUGGACAUGCAACAAAAAAUCGAACUCCUUCAAAUAAAUCAGAUGAUAAUAAAAAUGAAGUGUCAUUAACACUUAUAAAUUCCGAUCAAAAUCCUGAUGAAGAAACUAGUCUCGAUCGUACUUUGACAUCAACGUAUAAAGGUUCAUUGAAAAAAAAAGAUUCAGAUCUUCAGGUAUCAAAUAAUCACGAUGAUGAUGCAUCUCAUUAUGGAUCUUUACUUGAUUCUCGUAAAAACCGAGGACGUGGUUUCCUUGAUAAAGGUCUAUUUUCAACAUUAAGACGAAACUCUGGUCUUAUUGCUUCUCAUUUUUCAAACUACAAUAAUCAAAUGUCAUCAAACGAGGAAUUAAUUAUAAUAAAAAAUAAAAUACAUAAUCUUAAAUGUGAAAAAAAAGCUUUUCGUACAGUUGGUCUUAUUCUUGGUGCUUUACUUAUAUGUUGGCUUCCAUUUUUUGUAACAUUACCUCUUAUGUCAAUACUUAAAGAUCAUGGAAUACUCAAAGAUGAAAAAAUUGCAAAUAUAUGGUUUAAAAUUACUUUUUGGCUUGGUUAUAUCAAUUCAGCACUUAAUCCAUUUGUGUAUGCUUUUUCUAAUCGUGCAAUACGUCGAGGAUUUCGUGAAGUGAUAUUUCGUCGUUUUUGUUGUUGUAUUUGUCCAAAAAAAUCAAAUCAGUGUAACGAACAAACAGUUCAUCGACGUCGCUGUAUUCGUAGUGAUUCAUUCACAGACUCAUCACAAAUAGCUUCGAAACGAAAAAAUUCAUAUUCAGUAGAUACUAUUCGGGCAAUACCAAAACCCGAAGAUAACCUUGAAACUUCAUGUUCUAAACAAGUUCAAUCUCCUAAUACGAACGGACCAGUUGUUUCAUUUGCUGAAUUUCUAUCUGACACAGAUAAUGAUGAUAUUUCAUCUCAUAAUAAUGAACAACCUAAUACAGCAUUUAUUCCAACAUCAACAGAGAAAAAUUCUAUUUUAAAUUCGAAUUCUUGA